AUGUCUUCAGUGUUCGAAAUUCACAUUUACAUCAAGUUCGAAGACCCAUCACUACAAGACUAUGUUCUCUACUCCAUCGUGGGCAACCGAAUCCGCGGCAACUUCACUCCGACCAGUUUCUCCGAAAGGCCUUGCAGGGAUAUAGAGCCCCUACCAUUCUUCAUACCGAAGCACGAAAGAGUUCAGAAGCAUAAAGCGUCGUGGCAUGACGAAGACUAUAGUAGUGUGUUUAGGACAAACAGUGAUUUCGAUGGUUAUUACUUUAGGCCGAAGUUCCGUGCGCGUCUGGAACGUUCCGUGUUCAAAUUCGGGAAGAGGUACAGAUACGUGCCGGCGAAGAUAGUGCGGGGUCCGCUGGACGGACGGACCGCUGUGCUACUGCGUUGGUCUUUGACGGACACCUCGCGGCUGGAAAGCGAGGGAACUAGUGUUGUUUUUAGGUUACGUUAUAGGAAAACAACGAGUGCCACCAUAUACCAAGUGUUCUUUACUAAAACUUUAAGACUAGAUUGUGCGAUACACGUUAGAGCGUUGCGAUCGGGACGCGUGCACUCCGGUCACCUUCCCCGGUCUCACAACUGCCAUCUGCUGUUCCCUGCCCCCUCACCAAAAAACGCCCUCCUCAUCGACCUCCACAAACUAAACGUGCCGUGCUCCAGUGGCUUUAUCAAAUUCGCCCCAAACGCUCCAACUUUAUGUGGGAAGCUGGAACAAAUACCACCUCCAAACAGAAGAUAUAUCUACCAGUCAACGAAUAAUCCAGAAAUGGAACUCCACGGUCGACCCACGUUCGCCGCGACAUACCGUCUUGUAGACCAUUGCCAUGAUGUUCUCCUGACCGGACGGAACGGCUCGUUCGAAGUCGGACCAACUACAAAACUGUAUUGUUCCUACAAAAUCCAUCUGCCCUAUGGAAAUAGGAUAGCCUUACGCCUACAGAUGGGCACAGGGCCUAUGAAGAAAGACGCUGAUAGUUCUAAUAUAAUUCACGAGGAUACCCACACUUUCUGCAAAGGAAUGGAGUUGAGUUUGGUAGAUGGGGAUUCCAAGUGGAGACAUUGUUCGCAACCUGGUGAUCCAUUGCGUAGUGUUCAAAUAAUUUCGGAGAGGAACUCCGUGAGGUUAAAUAUUAGUAUUUUGGCGAAAAGGAACUCCUCAGCCAUGUGGCUCAAGGUAUGGUGGAUGGAUAAGGCAGUAGAAGAAACGAUUGGACAGUGUGAUUACGGAUGGGUGGUGUCCGGAGAUUUUUGCAUAACUGCUGUGAGAGAAGGAAAGAAGGCUUGGAGACAAGCGGAAGUUGAAUGCGUCAGGAUGGGCGGCCAUCUUGCGAGUAUACAGAAUGAACGACAGCAGCAAAUCAUGGACCAACUACUUAUUCAAGCGCCCGGCGCUGGUAUUGGAGACGUGUACUGGAUAGGUGCAACGGAUGCUGUACACGAGGGAGAGUUCCGUUGGUCGGACGACUUGCCUUUUUCUUACGCACACUGGUUUCCCGGUUGGAGAAAGCAUGCCGGCCAGCCCAACGACGACGGCACCUCGGGCCAGGACUGCGUGGAAGCUCGCAGGGAGCUGCCUCCACGACCAGCGCAUCCCACCUUCAUGUGGAACGACCGGAGCUGUCACGAGCACAACUACUACGUGUGCGAGAGGCCUGGAGUAGAAGAUCCGUACAAAGCGUCGAAAGUGCAGUGCAACGAGUCGAUAGUGCUGUCCCACUCGCACCCGCACGCUUCGAUCUCCAGCCCCGGCUUUCCUCGUCCUUACCCCGAUGAUGUGGACUGCGUUACCGAAAUAAGAGCCCCUCCGGCCCACACCGUACGGCUCCAUUUCGAAGAGCUGCUGACUGAACACGAGCCGCAUUGCAGCUACGAUUACCUCGAGAUCCUGGAGUCAGGUUUGGACAACAUCACUGAGCAUGGCACUGAGGAAUGGGUGGCGCAUGAUCAUCACACCUAUCACAUGGAAAACGAGGUGUGGGAAGAAAUGGAGACCCUACUACCAGAGUCGGAUGCGGUGAGCGCUGGUUGGUCGCGCGACACGCACGCGGCACGCGCGCGGCGGCUGUGCGGCGACUGGGGCGGAAAGCUAAAGCUACUCCGCUACCAGUCGCUUGGGCCUGCGUUGCGGUUGCGGUUCCGCGCCGACCACUCGCGUCACUACGCGGGCUACCGCGCUAAGGUCACGCUCACGGACACACAGACGUGCUUGGACGUCAAGCAGGCCCUCUUCAACGGCUACUGCUACCUGUUUUCCGGCUACCCCCAAGCUUCCUGGUCGACUGCAAAGCAGGUCUGCGAAGGCCUCAACAUGCACCUGUCGUCAGUCCACACACCUGAAGAGGAGCGAUUCGUUGUGACCGGGAUAAGGCAGAGCAGCGAUUACAGCGCCGGCUCAGUGUACUGGCUGGGCUCUCGUCUGGACUCCAGCGCCGAGCUGAGCUGGGUCGACAGCACCACCAUGGAUUACCAGGCCUGGCCGCCGUACAAUGAAACUGAGGAUAUGGACGACGCGUGCUUAGCUGUACAAUGGAAAACUUCGCCCGUACCGUCUCAACCCAGUGGGUUGUACUGGACGUUGCACAAAUGCACCGCCACUGGGGGAUACGUGUGCAAGCGACGCCUCAACUCCGAGCACGUGCUUCGGAACAACACUGUGGAAGGAUCAUCGGGAGUAUUGACAAGUCCCAACCACCCUGGUAUAUACGACACUGACCUGGAUUACUGGGUGCACGUGCAAGGGCCCCCGGACACCCGACUCGUGUUCGUCUUCACCAUCAUAGACUUGGAAUAUCAGAACGACUGCCUUUAUGAUUUUAUUGAGUUACGAGACAGUAAAUUUAGUACCAAGUCUUCAAGGUACUGUGGAUCUAUGGCAGAAACCAGAUGGGUAGCCACGAGCAAUGAAGCAAUUUUACAUUUUCAUUCCGAUUACAAUGUCCAGGGUUCAGGGUUCAUGGUGAACUGGCGAGCCGUAGAGCUGGCGGGGUGUCCGUCCCAAACGUUCACUUCUAAAGAUGGAUUAAUACACAGCCCGAACUACCCGCAAUUUCUAUUACCAGAAUUGGAUUGUACCAUUGAUAUUUUUGCACCUGCAGGAAAGCGAGUGUUUCUGAACAUUAGUUUUUUCGACUUUGGCUAUGGAACCUUCGAGAACGGUGUCCCAAUCAACGUGACGGAUACAAUACCUGAAGAAAACUUUUUAGAGAUCCGAGUGGAUUUAGAGAGUCCACCAAUCCGACCGUUCCUAACCUCGAAGAUUUUGACGCACGGUUUAUUUGUAUCACAAUCUGAAAUAUUGAGGUUGAGACUAAGAACUGGAGAAAAUGCCACGGGUGUUGGAUUCUUGGCACACUUUAAAACAGUAUGGUACGUGAACGCAUCACACGUAGUCAAACUGGGUGAUAAUACACGCGGGAGAUUGACAGCUCCUAAUUGGCCUGGAAGCCCGCCAUCCCAUACAGCAAUGCGUACGCGGCUAUUUGCUCCACACGGGCACACGCUGUCUGCGGCGUUUGCGCGCACUACCCUCGUCCCUAACCAGACUCUGUGGCCCUGCGGACAAGGGAAAGGAUGGAUCGAGGUCAAGGACAGUUACACGGACAAGAACGGAACACAAUGGACCCUCUGCGAGGUGGAGAAGACUAAACGGAAGCUGGAGUCCAACGCCCCGCUGGUCAUAAACUCAUAUCUCCACUCGUUGAUUGUGACACACCACUCGGGCGAAGACGGCAUGGGCUUGGACGUGGCCAUAGUUGUCAACUUAGAUGCUGAAUACCACAACAAAAUACUGCUGCUCUCCGAUGAUACCAAGUUAGAGUCAUGCUACCCAAACCCUUGUCUUCACGGAGGGCGAUGCGCAGCUGAAGAUUCUAAAAACUUUUGCCGGUGCUCGGGAUAUUAUACUGGAGUGUUUUGCCUUCUCACAGCCUGCGAGCGUUCACCCUGCGUGUUCGGAAACUGUUCUCUGGUGAUAGGCGGGGGUGAGGAAGACGGCUUCAGCUGCUCUUGCGCUCGAGGCUGGAAGGGCAAACGCUGUGCUGACAGAAUACGACCUUGCGCUUCACGGCCUUGCAAUAAUAGAGGGGCGUGCGUAGAAAGAGAUGGCGCUUUUUUGUGCCAGUGCAAUCCUUCGUGGAAAGGAAAAAGGUGUGAAAUACCAAAUCCCACGCCAAACAUCGUCGGUCUCGGAACAAAGAUGAUGCAGGAACCAUUCUGGUUGGGUCUGUUCGCGGUAUUUCUAGUUCUCGGCUCCAUCGGUUUAAUCUGGUGUGCUAAGAGACAUUUCCCAGAGAAGAUCGAGAAACUUCUCGCCGAAGAAGCAGAUCGAUGCGCAAGACCUCGGCCGGAGGCGCCGCACCGCACGCUGUUCGCGCGGCUCGGUAUCCGCAAGCCGUCCGUGUCGGGGCUCGCACACCCGCGCGCGGCCCGCACGUUUAGUUUGGACGAUCUGUUAAAGCCGCCGCCCGGACACUCACCGUCGCCUCGUAAAAAACGUAAUAAUUCAACUCCGACCAAGAAAAAUGCAGCAGAAAAGAAGCAAAUUCUUCAACAACUAAUUAGUCCAGCGCCCGCAAAUGAGCAUUCGAAGAAAAUUACUAUGGGAGAAUUAAUACAAAUGUCCGAAAAAAGGACAUUGAGUACCGUAGAAAGUGCUCCUGCUUUUGUAGAAUAUGGAGUAGAUAAUAGAGAUACUUCGUUUGCUAGUGAAGCAUCCUCACCCUCUACCUCGCCUUCAAUGAGACAAAUAUCCGACCCGAAAUUGGAAAAAAAAGUAACUUUCGCAAGAUUACUGAAUAAAGUUUCCGCAGAAAUGAGUUCUAGCUCUGACGUUGAUAUGGUUAACACAAUAGCAAUACCGAUGGCAGUUAUAGCAGACAGAACAAUUAAAACUAAAGCUUCUAGUACUCCACCAUCCCCAGGUGUAGAAGUAAGAUCUCCUCACAGUACGUCAAGUAAUCAAGGAAGCGAUUCUAUGUCAAGCCUUGAUUUAACGUUAGCGCAUUCGACUUUGAAGAAGUAUUCUCGGACCUCAAAGAUAUCAAGUGCCGAUUCUAUCUUGGCUAUGUUUCGAAAUUUCUCGUCAUCGUCAGCGGCGCUAGUAUCACGUGCGUCAUCUGGUGGUAUAUCGGCAUCUAGCACUCCCACAGCAUCAUCACCACAAGAUGAUACAGUUGACGCUGAUGAUCUAUCAAUUACUUCUUCUCAUAUUCCUUCAUUGGCACCUGAUUCACCUGUUUUGAGGCCACAUAACACGAUAGAAGUCCAGGUUGUGGAUCCACUAAGCUCUCACAAACAAAAUGCUUCUGGUAACCUUCUACAUCCUCCAUCUAUCUUACUCGAAGUGCCUAGCAGUAUAAACAAAUGUCUUUCACCCAUCCGGGAACUACCAACUCCUUUACCCACUCCUCUACCCACGCCUUUACCGACGCCUUUACCUUCCCCUCGGAUGGCUCGUGCAAAGAUUGAGUCAGACUCUAAGAGCGACUCGACUAUAACAUGCAUAUCACCAAGUGAAGACGAGUUAGACGAUAUCAGGCCGGAAAAAAUGGAUCGAUCAACUUCUGGAUUACGAUUAAAGCUAAGACAAUCAGUCGUAUGUGCAGAUACACCGACGCCAUCCACCCACGUAACAGAUUCUCCGAGCCCUAGCUGUACUCAUAGUCAGGACUCCGAGCGCGAGAUGUCUUCUCCUUCGCCCGCUCCACCUUCUUUAAGAGUUCCAGUUCUAACUAUAGAACGACCUUCACCAGGGUCUCCUCCACCUAGAAGAACACCACCCCAUUUAGACUUUCAACCUCCUCCAUUAAUAACUGUUACUUACAACGCAAGUGAAGAAUCAGAUGAACCACUAUCUCCAAGACCACCUCCUCCAACAGCAAACAUGUGCUAUCUAAGUCCCUUCUCAAUGGCAGCGAGAGGUGAAAGAGCUCCAUCAGAAUCCAACUUAUCCUCAUCAGGAUAUAGUUCCAUGGCCAGUCCUGGACCUUCGAGAUGUGGGUCUAGUAAUCCUUUGUGUCCAUCUGAAAUGGAGGAUCCAGGGUCUGGAGGCGGACCGUCCUGUUUUCAAACCAGACGGAGACCUCUUAUGAAAACUAACUCAAGCCCAGCUACAUCUAAUGAUGGUGGAAAUGAAAGAAGAAGAGGUAGAUCCGAUUCUGAAACUCUUUCGGAUGAUCCAUUAUUAGAAUCCAAUGAUGAAGGAAUAGGGACGGAUGAAAGGGUAGAUGAUGUGCCUUCUAGUGCAAAGGAGAUGGAGCAUAUAACUUCGUUAAAAGAAACUUUAGAGAUACCAACAUCAAGUUUAUGUUCGCCUAGUGGUGUCACCAAAUGUACAAUUGUAAAAUGUAUAAGUGUGGAACGUGGUUUGGAUGAAAAGGCAAGUCUUAAACCGCCAAUUCUAUUCUCGGAUUGCAGUCGUCCUUUAAGUCCUGUGAGUUCGAGAAGUGAAAGUCCCUUAAGCGACAAAACUGGAUUAGGGAGAUUUUCACCACAAUUCUAUGGGAGACAGUUGCCGUUUACAGAUUCAGACGGACUCUACGACUUCCCUAGCUCAGAGUGUGUGAGAGGGGGAAAUUGUAAGAGUGGUAGUGCCUCCCAUAGAAAAGCCGGUAGAAGAAGAGACAGAAGAACAACUAGAACGACAUCACAUGAAGUGUCAGGAGUAGCAAAGUCCACGUUGCCUCAUAUGCCACAUUCGAUGCAUAAUUUAUUAGAAGUUCCCUGCUGUACUCAAAACCGCGGUCGCAAAGUUGGUAGGCGCAGGUCCAGAUCGCAAGCGCCAGCGUUAGCGACCUCUUCCUCGUCUGAAGAGUCCGUCUCCAAUGCUUCUGUGGCAUCCGUUGCUUCGGCCAGGGAGCUAAGAUUGCCAGAUUUGGAGAUGCAGCCCGAACCCACCAGGCUCAAGAAACCGCUGCGGCGUCAAAAAUGCAGAAGCUCUGAGGAUACAUCGUCAAAAAUUUCCUCAAGCUUGGACCUGACAGAGGACUCAAGGAAGCCGGUGAAAAUAAAUAAGCUGCGGACUAUUGGGAACCAAAUAAGAUUCCUUCGCCGUUUAGAAAGAAGUCUCAAAAUGAAAGAAAACUACCCAGCGAUAUCCGACGACGAAGGAGACGAGUCCUCCAGUGUGACCUCACCUUUACUCCAGGGGAGGAAGGAACUUAGCCGAAUGCCUUGCCACGCGAUAUCCGCCCCUCUGCUUGGGGCGGCAAGGCCUAAAAUUACGCGACAAAGGAGAUACGAUAAGUCUUUAUUGAAUGAGGAAACAAGGACGUUAAGUGCUGCUCCCGGACACGAUACCUCAGAUUAGCGAUACAUUUUCCAAAACCAUAGACUAAAAGAAAAAAAGGUAGACGGCUGCUUAAAAAACAGAAGCGUCAAUAAUGUUUG